GUCGUCUUUAUUUGACGACGUGGAGCUCUUAUGCAGGCCUCUCGGCCGCACCAUCGCCCCGUCGUCUUUAUUUGACGACGUGGAGCUCUUAUGCAGGCCCCUCGGCCGCACCAUCGCCCCGUCGUCUUUAUUUGACGACGUGGAGCUCUUAUGCAGGCCCCUCGGCCGCACCAUCGCCUCGGCGUCUUUAUUUGACGACGUGGAGCUCUUAUGCAGGCCCCUCGGCCGCACCAUCGCCCCGUCGUCUUUAUUUGACGACGUGGAGCUCUUAUGCAGGCCCCUCGGCCGCGCCAUCGCCCCGUCGUCUUUAUUUGACGACGUGGAGCUCUUAUGCAGGCCCCUCGGCCGCACCAUCGCCCCGUCGUCUUUAUUUGACGACGUGGAGCUCUCGUACAGGCCUCUCGGCCCAUCGGCCUUACGUUCUGGUCAUCUUUAUUUGAUGAACCAGACGUCAUAUUGUGGACGGUCGCUCGACCCAUCCCUUAGUCAUCUUUAUUUGAUGACUAGGACUACUGAUCAUGAUGAGCUACCCACAUCUAGAGAUCGGCCUCGACCAUCGCCCCAGCAGACAGGCACCGUUGCAGCUCCAUCUCCAGACCGAAGGGUUCACACCUUUUGUUUCAUUUUGGGGGCAUCCGGUGUACUCUUUUUCCCUCAUUAGGAUUUUUUCCCACAGGGUUUUUCCUAAUGAGGUUUUUAACGAGGCAUCUCCCCAUCGUGGAUCAAAAGGUGUCAACCCUCGGCCCCCUGUUGAAGACAUCAUCCGACACGCAUUACUCUACUCCUCUUCACCUCAUUACACUCGCCUCAAGGAGUGGGGGACUGGGAGAGCGGGGGACUUAGCGCCUCCGUUAACCAAAGAAGCAG